UUCGAGUGGUUUGAGCUCCGGAACCCUGUUUCGAUUAGACAUAGACCAUGUAAUGCUGGUCAUAUGGAAUUUUCACAGCCAUACACAACAAGCAGAAGAUUAGUCAACAAAUUGGAAAAUUGUUCCAAUAUGGCGAAUUAAGGUUAAGAAAUACUGAAAGCACUUAGCAGCGUUUGCAAUGAUUUUAUGUAUGAUUAUAUCAUCCUGGUGAAGUUUAGAAGGAGUCAGCAUAACCUGACUGAAAGCUCCAGAGAGCACUUAUGCUGGCAAUCAGUGUCUUCUGCUUAUGCACACAAUCAAUUGAUCAGAGGCUGAAUAUUGAAAGACUGGAGAAAUUAAUCCAUGGAGCAGGGAAAUGAUGGCGAUGAAAACGCAUUAUUACUAGAUGGCCCCCACUGCAAACCACAUACUAUGUGCAGGGGAAUCCUGAACCACUGGCAAAGAGGCUCCAGCAUGAUGGCUUGCGAUUCUCCGUGCCAACUAUCUUCUGAUAAACCUUACGAUUCAUCAAAUGAUUUGUCAUCCUGGUCAGAGCCUCCUGCAAUUAAACCUCCUCCAGAGUUUCAAGAUUCGUCACCAUACUCAAGCACACCACAAGAUUCUCCCCUUACGUCUCCGCAGGUCACUUUAGGAAGGUCUGUGCGACCUCAUGCUUCAGCUAUUGCGCCUGCAAGAUUGACCCCUGCCCGCCUACAUCCAGGCGUUCCUAAGUGGCUAGAGAAAAUGGCUGUGAAAAUGGUGACUCAAGUGCUGGAGGAAGCACUUUUGGUCUCCAGUGAAGUUUCUUGGUCUAUUCAUUGUUCUGAGGACUGUCAUCCGCGUAGUAAAAGUGAUGGAAAACAACCUCUCACAUCCGAUGGACAACCGUCUCUAGGUUUCCGUUAUUGUUGGACUCCUGAGCUGCCAUACUUACUGUGUCGACCAGCCUCUCGGAGCUCUCUUUCUUCAAGACUGUCUAGUUCCCACAAUUCAUUAUCAGUCCCUGCUGCAAACAGAGUAGACGAUUCAAGCUUCAUUACUUCAGCUAUGUCUCAUGAGGUAUUAUCUACUGGUGAUAUUUGUGACAUGUACAAUGUCCCAGUAGACUGUGAUGUGUAUGCUGUGCCUGUUGACAUGGUCAGAGCCCCAGUUCCCAUCCCACCUCAAAGGCAAAAGCGUCAAAGACAUCAAAGAAGAAAGCGGAAACAGAUGGAAAAAUCUGAAGUAGAACCCAGCAAAAGCAGAACACUUUCUAGUCGCACCACCAUCCAGCCUAGAGUUCUUUUACCAGAACAAUCUGUCCAAAGGAGACAUAGCAGGCCAGGGCGAUCCGCAAGUAUGGAGUGUGCGACUCCUGGAGAGCCAAUUCAUAUGACACUUGCUGAAGUCAGACGGUACUUAAGUUCUCUGUAUUCGAGCUCUAGUGAUUCAUCAGACUAUCGAAAGAAGCCUAAUAACUGCUUGCAAUCCCAUCGUUUAUCAACUCUAUCAAAGUCCAAAAAUUCUGAUGGAACCAUGUCAAUAGAGAACAUUGAAGAAAAUCUUAGUGUAACAUACAACAAUCCAGUCUUGAAAUCUCAAAAAAAAAGUACUUUCAGUAUUAAUGUCAGAAAUAAGAAAAGUAAAGGAAGCUCUGACACAUUGGAUUUAGCCAGUCCUGAAGGAUCAGAUUGUAUGUUAAUUCCUGAAGGAAAACCUAAACGGGGCAUGAGUUUUUCCUCUACUUUGAAGCAGACAUUUUGCAAUAUGUUCCGGAUUCGGCGUCUUAUCUCACCUGAGCAUACAUCUAGAAGACGAAGGACUAUUGGUGGUGAUGAUGAUGGUCAUGAUCCUGGUGAUACUAGCACAAAUAACACUUCAUCUCAUCAAAAGGCUCGUUUUUCAACCAGAGCUUUACCACCUCUUCCUGCACGGGAUGGCACAUUAAAAGAGAUAGUAACAGAUGAAGUAGCUCAAACAGUUCCGGAUGACUCUGUAGAUGAUGAUGAGCCCAGUGUAGAUUUUGCAUCCAGUAUUGAAAAAGUCAAAGAUUAUGGCUGGUACUGGGGCCCGAUAUCUGGAGAGGCUGCUGAGAAAAUUCUAUCAAAUGAACCUGAUGGAUCUUUUAUCGUCCGAGACUCAAGUGAUGACCACUAUAUAUUUUCACUUACCUUUAAAUUAAACAGCUGUGUACGGCACGUUCGCAUUGAGCAAGACCAAGGUAACUUCAGUUUUGGAAGCUGUACAAAGUUCAAAAGUCAUACUAUAGUUGACUUUAUUGAAAACGCUGUAGAGCAUUCACGGUCAGGCAGAUACCUCUUCUUUUUACAUCGUCGACCUGUUCUUGGGCCGAUGAGAGUUCAAUUACUUCAUCCUGUCUCACGGUUCAAGCAGGUGCAAAGCCUGCAACACAUGUGCAGAUUUGUUAUUCUGAAAGUUGUGCGACGAGAUUUAAUUUCCUCUCUUCCUCUUCCACGAAGAGUAAUUGACUAUUUGAGCUCGCCUCAUUACUAUUCUGAACAGCUCGCGGAGGAGGAGCAGAAUGGCCCCCCAUCAUCCCCCUCAUCAGUUGCUGAGGAACAUGGUCUAUACCCAUACGUGGGUAACCUGUGAGGUUUUCUUUUUUUUUCAUGUUUUGUGAUUGCAACUUGAUUGCUAUGUGCUUUUGCAACAGUCAUAAAAGAGGAAAUUUUGCUUUGGACUGCUUUGUUGUAUGAUGUAAUGUUUUAGUCUUUUCCUCAAAUGUCCUGUUAUGUGAACAACUCAUGUCAUCUACCAGGGAGAGAGGGUAACGCACAGGAAGCGUAUCAUAAUAUUAAAUGGAAGUAUCUAGACAUACAAUAGCUGGAUAAUUUAUUUAUAUGUGGGUAUUAAUUAUAGAGUGUGCUUCACGUGAAGCAUGUUUAUCUCUUGUAGUUCAAGCCCACCUUUUAUUUUACCUCUAAUUAUCCAAUCAGUUGGUAUGCUUCUCAGUAUCUACAUAGUCUGAAAAUAAAUUUGAACUUUUCUCAACUUAAGGGAUUGAGCUCGAAGAGGAGUGUGGACGUCCUGCAAAUCAUAAUACAACAGUUUAUUAGACUCAUUAGUGGAAAUCUCUCUUGUAUUAUUUCAGGAGAACCAAUCUUUAGGGCAUUUGGCUGAAGUGGGCAGUGUAUAUCUCUGCAUAUACAGGCAAUUUGUCUGAUCUGAUGCCAUUCUGUUUGAUUUAAGCUAGCUGAGUACUUCUGUUGUGAUCCAAGCUUUUCACUGUUCUUUGCAAUGCAUUACUUCCUUAAGGAUUCAUUCUUUCUUCAACUGCAUGUUUUACAAACAACCACCCUAACUGUUUUUGUUUCUAGUCUUGUCUUAUUGUACUUGUUCUGUAAUUGUUCAUAUUUAUUACUAAUUACGAAUGAAACCUCACAAUGAGAGUGGUCCCACCCCUCUUCUACUAGUGUAGCUUUAUUAUUAGAUAGACUUUUGCACAAUCAUAAAAGUUAAAGUAUACGCUCAUUUUGUCUCCAGUGCCAUUUUCAUUUAAUGUGUUCAGUUGAAAAUGUGUUGCUGUCCUACCAGUGGCAUAGGUUAUUUUCAAGUUCUCAAGGCCUGAAAAGAUAAUUAUCUAGAUUUGUUUGCUUAAAGUAGAUAAAUGGACUCUUUGAAUUAUGUUAAAUUGAUUUUGAGAAGUACUUUUGAUGUGUGUAAAACCUUGUCUUCUGUAACUACUCAACCAUUGUUAAAACAGUACAGCGACAAGAACUGAGUAAUUUAUAUAUCUUUACUUGUUAUGAAGUGGUGUAGAACAGGGAUUUUAGACUUAACAAUUUUAAUGUAAAUGUGUUAUGGUAACUGUGUCUCCUUUCCUAGAAGCAAAUUUUUUUGUACUUGGCAAGUUUUUAUUAAGUGCGCCUCAACAUAAUGAUUGUUUUACUUUCAAAUAGUAUUUAAUAUUUAUUUCCUGUGAUUCUGAUUGGUAUACAGUAUUCUCUUCUGUGUAUCUAAUAUGUGUGGUCAUGUAAGGCUGAUUGUUAUCUAAGUACGUUUUUGGAAAAAGAAAAAUGUCCGUCUGAAUUUUGAUAAAUGUUCUGGUUGAAUAAUUGGGCACUAUUUCAUGAUUGAUUAUGUACUGUCAUACAAUCUAGGCUCAGUAUUGAAAUUUUUGUGUGUGUUUGUAUGGCUCAUUGGCUGCGGUUUGAAUGUAUGAAGAUUGAUCCUUGGUAUCGAGCCUGACUCAUUAAGUUCUAACAAGAGGAAGGCUUCCUCAUGGCCCCACCUUGAUUUUGUAAAUAAUCCUCUUAAUUUAAAAUGCAAUGUCCAAUCUAUUGAACAUAAGUUUGUUACUAUGUUGUCUGCUUUUAGUUUUUAUAUUUUAUUUAUGGAUAGUUUCAAUUUAUUCUUUGGGGACUUCAUCCCUACUCAAAGACCAAAGCUGUAUGUGAUUUAAAUUGUUUCUUUUCUCCUUUGUUGGGUUUUCUUUAGCCACACCUUGGUUUUCUAUCUAUUGUGGAGCUUUAAGGUGACUAAGACUAGAGUUUAGGCCACUACAGAUACCACUGCAUUUUAUUUUGUGUCCUUGUGUGUGUGUGUGUGUGUAUGUGGGUAUGCGCGUGUUUCUCUCUCUCAGUGACAAAUGGUUUCAUGUCCUACUGAAGUUAAUCUAGUGCAAUGUUAUUUUCUUCCAGGCUAACUUGCUCUCUUGAUAUUAAAUCCAAAUAUGCCAGUUUGUGUAAUUCUAUCUACUUUGUAGUUAAGAAUAAAGGCAGUGGCAGUGAAGCAAAUAUAUCUGAUUGUUUUAUAAAUGCGUCAAACCUGAAUUGUUCAGUUUCACUUUUGAGAAGAUUCAAACUGCAUACAUUCCUAUUCGGGAAUAAUUCAUAUCAAUGGGUGGUUGUGCUCCAAUGUUGGCAUUGGUUCCGAACAUUUAAUGGAGCGUCCCACAGCAUUUGUGUGUUUCUGUUCCACAACCAGCUCAGCAAUACCAUCUUCAAAAUCAUGAAAGAUUGGAUUUGGAGAGUCAAAUUCACUCUCAAUGUACUCAUCUUCAUAAAGCCACUUUUCAUCAGUGCUUUCAUCUUCAAAGAAAUUGAAGCCUGUACAAGCAAAUUAAACGACAGGGG